GAACGUUGUGUGGGUUCUGCGAAGUUGGAGGUCAUUGAUGCCGACGAUAUUUGCCCUCCCUCAUUUAUUGCAAUCAGUUCCAUCAUUCGAUCAAGCAGUUGGGAAGGUAGCAUCUUUAAUCGCCUGCCCAAUCGCAUCCCCGGUGCCCCUGCCACUCCAGCUCCAAGGAAGUCCAAAUGCUCUCGCCGGACUGACGGUACUCGGUUCGCGUUGGGUUUCGGUAAAAAAAAAAAUCUAAUCUUGGAGGUUCGCGAUGGAGCCGUCCAAGGAGAUCAUCCUGUCGCGGGAGUGUGCGCCUGUGGGUUCGCUGGCAAUCGGUGCAGGGGAAGAGACAGCGACGCCGACGCGGCAGCAGGAUCUUCAAUUUCAUUCUGCACAGAGCGACGAGAGUCGGUUCAAGGGGAUCGGUGGGGACUAUGUCGCCGGUGGCACGACACCGGUGAAUAUAUGGGGGAAGCCGAUUGAUGAUCUGCCGAAGACAGGAGGUUGGGUUGCAGCAUUCUUCAUCUUUGGAAAUGAGAUGGCAGAAAGGAUGGCCUACUUUGGGUUGUCAGUGAAUAUGGUAACAUUCAUGUUCUACAUCAUGCACCGGCCAUUUACCAGUUCUGCUAAUGCAGUAAACACUUUUCUUGGCAUAUCACAAGUAUCUUCUGUGCUUGGUGGAUUUAUCGCUGAUGCUUAUCUUGGUAGAUAUUGGACAAUUGCGAUUUUCACUACAAUCUAUCUCCUGGGUUUGACAGGGAUCACUCUAUGUGCAACUAUGAGUGUCUUCACACCCAAUCAACAUCAAUGUGAUCAGUUAUCCAUACUACUGGGCACAUGUGAACAAGCAAAGCCGUGGCAGAUGCUUUACCUAUAUGUUGUUCUUUAUGUUACAGGUCUUGGUGCUGCAGGCAUAAGGCCAUGCGUUUCAUCAUUUGGAGCCGAUCAAUUUGAUGAAAGGAGUAAGGACUACAAGACCCACUUGGACAGAUUUUUCAACUUCUUUUAUCUUUCUGUGACCAUUGGUGCAAUUGUGGCAUUCACCAUGGUCGUGUACAUUCAAAUGAAGCAUGGUUGGGGCUCUGCCUUUGGCUCCCUAGCAAUUGCAAUGGGUGUUUCAAAUGUGGUUUUCUUUGUCGGAACGCCACUGUACAGGCAUAGACUACCAGGCGGCAGCCCUCUCACCCGUGUUGCUCAGGUCCUUGUCGCUGCUUUCCGGAAGAGAAAUGUGUCCUCCUCCAGUAAUGAGUUCAUUGGCCUUUAUGAGGUUCCAGGUAGAAAUUCUGCAAUAAAGGGCAGUGGAAAGAUAGAACACACUGAUAAUUUUAGGUGGUUGGACAAAGCGGCUCUACAACCCAAAGAGGAUGCAGUAGACCAUAACCCGUGGAGGCUUUGCACGGUAACACAAGUUGAAGAGGUUAAGAUACUGCUGAGACUUUUGCCAAUACCAAUGUGCACCAUAAUGCUCAGUGUGGUAUUGACAGAGUAUCUAACUCUUUCAGUCCAACAAGCAUACACCUUGAACACCCACAUGGGUAACCUGAAACUUCCUGUGACUUGCAUGCCUGUGUUCCCUGGCCUAAGCAUUUUUCUCAUCUUGGCGCUCUACUACUCCACAUUUGCACCGCUGUUUCGCCGCAUCACUGGUCACCCGCACGGUGCAUCUCAGCUCCAAAGAGUAGGUCUUGGUUUGGUAAUAUCUAUUCUGUCUGUGGCAUGGGCUGGAGCUUUUGAGAGAUACAGAAGAAACUAUGCCAUUAAACAUGGUUAUGAAUAUCUGUUUCUGUCUGCAAUGCCAAAUUUGAGUGCUUACUGGCUACUAAUUCAGUAUUGCUUGAUUGGAAUUGCUGAGGUAUUUUCUAUUGUGGCCCUUAUGGAGUUCCUUUAUCAGGAGGCUCCCGACGCCAUGAGAAGCAUCGGAUCUGCUUAUGCUGCUAUUGCAGGAGGCCUCGGCUGUUUUGUAGCAAUCAUCAUAAACAACAUUGUGAAAUCAACUACUGGAAAUGAGGCCAAAGGGCAGGUUUCAUGGCUUUCUCAGAACAUAAACCAGGGGAGGUUCGAUUACUUCUACUGGCUUCUCGCGGCGCUGAGCUUCAUAAACUUCUGUGUCUUUCUUUUCUUAGCUCGGCGAUACAAAUACAGGGUACGCAAGGUGGUUGAACUAUAGUUUACAGAAGUAAAUCGAUGAAAUGGAUUCUGAAGUAUAGGAUGUCAUAACAUGGAAUUUGAUCAUCCUUCGAGUUCCUGUCAUGAUCUUAAGCUAUAAGAAGCUUUUCACAAAAAAGCAAUAUUAUACUGGAUGCAGUUUCCUGGAUAAUGCUAUGUGCUACUAUUUGUAUUGCUGAAGUUGACAAAAGAUAAUUGUGCUUAAUCAUUUACUAGACUUAUCCCUUGGAACACUUCUCCCAAAAAAAAAUGUGUGGGCAUGUUCUUGAUUUGGGAAUAUUAAAAUGAAAAGUAUACUUUGGUUUAGAUAAA